UAGCUAGCAGGCAUCUGUCUGUCUCACAGCAUCACCUAUUCAUUACUGAAGAAAGGCACAAGAUGUCCCACCACAUAGUUGGGAUGAUUCUAGUCUAUCUACGGAUGGCUGCCUCGGAAGAAGGGAUACAAAUCCUGCAAAGCCCAGCACAACUGUGGCUGACCUCUGGACAGACUGCACAUCUGGACUGUAGAAUAUCAAAAGAAGAAUGGCGAGUGCGGUGGUACAAGGAACAACAAAAUGGAAGUUUGCAUGGGAUUCAUCAGAGUUCUCAGUCUGAAUCUUUAGAUGGAAAAUACUUGAGUAAUGUGAACAUUACGGCAAACACAUUUUCUCUACUUAUCAGUAAUGUACAAAGAGAUGACUCAGGGGUUUAUUACUGUGGCCUCUCUGCCUCUGUGUAUCUACAGCCCAACUUUGGGAAUGGGACCAGACUAAUUAUCACAGAUGCCUCCGAGCCGAGCCUUUCCAUCCUGGUUCCCUCCAACCCAGAGGAUGCUGAGCUUCCCCCCAUCAUUCCUCUGCUCUGCCUGCUCUCUGAUUUCACUCCUCCCUGGAGUGAAGUUCUUUGGCACACUUGUGAGGAGGCAUCUGACAGUCAGACGGAUGCUGGAGCCAUAGACGGGAACGGGGUCUUUAGUGUUUGGAGCCUAAUGACAAUCCCUUCUGAGACAUGGAACCAGGAGACGAUCUGCACUUGUACAGCCAAGGAGAGCAGCACAGGGAGAAGCAUCAAAGUUACAGUCUCCAAGGAAACAGGAGACUGUAGGAUUGUGUUCUACGCGGGGCUGCCCUGUAUUUUCAUCCUUCUCCUGAUCCAGCUGUUGAUCUUGCUCUGGAGAAAGUGCCCCAUCAGAGGGAGAGCUGUGCAAAGAGGCAAUCAAAUACCUAUGAGGCAGAUGCCACAGACUGAAUAUGCGACUCUGAUGUACAGUAACAGAAAUGCUCCUCUGUGACUGAGUCUCACAAAAAUGGCGUAUGUUUUUUUUAAAACAGGAGAUGCAGAAAGAAAUAAUGAAAGAGAAAGCGAGAGAUAUAUAGAAAGUCUCAUG